AUGGCAUUACCUGUCAUAAUCGCUGAACAAGUGGCAACGCUAGCUAGCUCCCACCAGACCCUGCUGGUGCACAGUGCAGAGUGUCCAAGGCCAGCUAACCAGGAGUCAAAGGAGCCAAAGCUGAGGAUCGUGCUCGUUGGAAAGACUGGAGUUGGGAAGACUUCAACCAUGAAUACCCUCCUGGGGAGACCUGGUAUGACUAAGUUAUCGGCUUCCUCGCAGACAACAGAGUGCAUAAUAGAGGAAGGAGAGUUUGAUGGACGAAAACUGGUUGUUAUCGAUACUCCAGGUGUGAUGAACACCGAAAGAACAAGAGAUCAGGUGAAGGAAGACAUUGUGAAAUGCAUCACAUAUGCUGCUCCUGGUCCUCAUGUGUUCCUGUUUGUGUUGAAGCCAGAGCGUUUCACAACAUAUGAUAAAGGUGUAGUGGAAAUCAUUCAGAGGAUUUUUGGUAAAGAGUCCAAAAAUUAUACUUUGGCCUUGUUCACCUGCAAAGAUGAAGGUGAACUUGAUGACAAAUACAUACAGGGAAGUUUCAUCAGUAAAAACGUUGUGGGACACCAUUCUUUCGACAAUACAGGCAAGAGGCCCACCAACCAAGUGGCUGAACUACUGGAGAAGAUUGACAAAAUGGUUGAAAAAAACAACAGAGGGCAUUACACCAACGAAAUGUUCGAAAUGGCACAGAAAGUCAAAGACCAGGAAAUGAAGACAGUACAACCUGAGGGCAUGACAACACAAGAUAUUGUGCGUGAAACCGCUACUGCUAUUUUGACUGGGACCGUGGGCGAGCCUUUGGUAGGUUUGGUGCUGGGUGCCGUUGAAUUUGUGACGGGGAAAGUUUUUGAAUUCAUCACACGGUGA